AUGACACAGUGGCUGCCCUGGGAGCCCCAGGCCGGCCUGAGCACCGUGAGCCCUGGGGCCCCGGGGCCAGAGGCGGAGCGGGGGUCGGGGCCCAGUGCGUCGCCCCCCGAGAGUCCGGCGGCCGAGCGCGGCGCGGAGCUGGGCGCCGACGAGGAGCAGCCCGUCCCGUACCCGGCGCUGGCGGCCACCGUCUUCUUCUGUCUCGGGCAGACCACGCGGCCGCGCAGCUGGUGUCUCCGGCUGGUCUGUAACCCGUGGUUCGAGCACGUCAGCAUGCUGGUCAUCAUGCUCAACUGCGUGACCCUGGGCAUGUUCCGGCCCUGCGAGGACGUCGAGUGCCGCUCGGAGCGCUGCGGCAUCCUGGAGGCCUUUGACGACUUCAUCUUCGCCUUCUUCGCGGUGGAGAUGGUCAUCAAGAUGAUCGCCCUGGGGCUGUUUGGGCAGAAGUGCUACCUGGGAGACACGUGGAACAGGCUGGACUUCUUCAUCGUCAUGGCGGGUAUGAUGGAGUACUCCUUGGACGGACACAACGUGAGCCUCUCGGCCAUCCGAACGGUGCGCGUGCUGCGGCCCCUUCGUGCCAUCAACCGUGUGCCCAGCAUGCGAAUCCUGGUCACGCUGCUGCUGGACACACUGCCCAUGCUCGGCAACGUCCUCCUGCUCUGCUUCUUUGUCUUCUUCAUCUUCGGCAUCGUGGGCGUCCAGCUUUGGGCCGGCCUGCUGCGCAACCGCUGCUUCCUGGACAGCACCUUCGCCAGGAACAGCAACCUCAGCUUCCUGCGGCCGUACUACCAGCCGGAGGAGGGCGAGGAAAACCCGUUCAUCUGCUCCUCUCGCCGGGACAACGGCAUGCAGAAGUGCUCGCACAUCCCCAGCCGCCGCGAGCUGCGCGUGGAGUGCACCCUGGGCUGGGAGGCCUAUGGGCAGCCGCAGGCCGAGGGCGCCGGUGGCACUGGUCACCACACCUGCAUCAACUGGAACCAGUACUACAACGUGUGCCGUUCGGGCGACUCCAACCCGCACAACGGGGCCAUCAGCUUCGACAAUAUUGGCUACGCCUGGAUCGCCAUCUUCCAGGUGAUCACGCUGGAGGGCUGGGUGGACAUCAUGUACUACGUCAUGGACGCCCACUCCUUCUACAACUUCAUCUACUUCAUCUUGCUCAUCAUCGUGGGUUCCUUCUUCAUGAUCAACCUGUGCCUGGUGGUCAUCGCCACGCAGUUCUCGGAGACAAAGCAGCGGGAGAACCAGCUGAUGCGGGAGCAGCGGGCCCGUUACCUGUCCAACGACAGCACGCUGGCCAGCUUCUCCGAGCCGGGCAGCUGCUACGAGGAGCUCCUCCGGUACGUGGGCCACGUGUGCCGCAAGCUAAAGCGCCGUGGCCUGCGCCUCUACGCCCGCUGGCAGAGCCGCUGGCGCAAGAAGGCGGACCCUGGCAGUGCCGGGCCCGGCCAGGGCUCAGGGCACGGGCCCCCUGACGCCGAAUCGGGCCCGCGUGGCGCACACCGCGGGUACCACCACCACCACCACCACCACCACCACUACCACUUCAGCCACGGCAGCCCCCGCCGGCCAGGCCCCGAGCCAGGGGCCGGCGACGCCAGGCUGGUGCGGGCCGGAGUGCCAGCCUCACCCGGGCGCGGGCCCCCUGACGCCGAAUCGGUGCACAGCGUGUACCACGCUGACUGCCAUGUGGAGGGGCCGCAGGAGAGGGCCCGCGUGGCGCACGCCGCGGCCACUGCUGCCGCUGGGCUCAAGCUGGCCGCGGGGCUGGGAGCCAUGAACUACCCCACCAUCCUGCCCUCAGCCACGGGCAGUGGCAAAGGCGGCCUCGGGCCCAAGGCGAAGCGGCCUGGUGGCCCCCCGGGAGCUGGGGGGCACAGCCCCCUGAGGCUGAGCAGCCCGGAUCCCUGCGAGAAGAUCCAGCACCUGGUCGGGGAGCAUGGACUGGGCCAGGCCCCCAGCCGCCUGUCGGGCCUGAGUGUGCCGUGCCCUCUGCCCAGCCCCCAGGCGGGCACGCUGACCUGUGAGCUGAGCAGCUGCCCGUACUGCACCAGCGCCCUGGAGGACCCUGAGCUGGAGUUCAGACAGGGCGGGCUGGGCCGCAUCUGGGCCUCCUUCAGUGGCAAGCUGCGCCGCAUCGUGGACAGCAAGUACUUCAACCGGGGCAUCAUGGUGGCCAUCCUCACCAACACGCUGAGCAUGGGCGUCGAGUACCACGAGCAGCCUGACGAGCUGACCAACGCCCUGGAGAUCAGCAACAUCGUGUUCACAAGCAUGUUUGCCUUGGAGAUGCUGUUGAAGCUGCUGGCCUGCGGCCCACUGGGCUACAUCCGGAACCCCUACAACAUCUUUGAUGGCAUCAUUGUGGUCAUCAGCGUGUGGGAGAUCAUCGGGCAAGCGGACGGCGGGCUGUCGGUGCUGCGCACCUUCCGGCUGCUGCGGGUGCUCAAGCUGGUGCGCUUCAUGCCCGCGCUGCGGCGCCAGCUGGUGGUGCUCAUGAAGACCAUGGACAACGUGGCCACCUUCUGCAUGCUGCUCAUGCUUUUCAUCUUUAUCUUCAGCAUCCUUGGCAUGCAUCUCUUCGGCUGCAAAUUCAGCCUGAAAACAGAUACCGGAGACACAGUCCCCGACCGAAAGAACUUUGAUUCCCUGCUGUGGGCCAUUGUCACCGUGUUUCAGAUCCUCACCCAGGAGGACUGGAACGUCGUCCUGUACAACGGCAUGGCCUCCACGUCCUCCUGGGCCGCCCUGUACUUCGUGGCCCUCAUGACCUUUGGCAACUACGUGCUCUUCAACCUGCUGGUGGCCAUCCUGGUGGAGGGUUUCCAGGCCGAGGGCGAUGCCACCAGGUCCGACACAGAUGAAGACAAGACAUCCACCCACUUGGAGGAAGACUUGGACAAGUUCCGAGACCUCAGGGCUACAGAGAUGAAGAUGUAUUCGCUGGCGGUGACACCCAACGGGCACCUGGAGGGCCGGGGCAGCCUGCCCCCUCCCCUUAUCAUGCGCACGGCAGCCACGCCCAUGCCCACCCCCAAGAGCUCCCCACACCUGGACGCGGCCCCUGGGCCCCUGGACUCGCGCCGUGGCAGCAGCAGCUCCAUGGACCCUCAGCUAGGGGACCAGAAAUCUCUGUCUAGCCUCCGAAGCUCGCCCUGUGCCCCCUGGGGCCCCAACAGUGCCUGGAGCAGCCGGCGCUCCAGCUGGAACAGCCUGGGCCGCGCACCCAGCCUCAAGCGCAGGAGCCAGUGUGGGGAGCGAGAGUCGCUGCUCUCUGGUGAGGGCAGGGGCAGCGGCAGCACGGACGAGGAAGCCGAGGAUGGCCGGCCCGGGGCGGGGGCCUCGCCGGGCACACGGGCCACGCCGCUGCGGCGCGCCGAGUCCCUGGACCACCGCAGCACGCUGGACCUGCGGCCCCCACGGCCGGCCACCCUGCUGCCCACCAAGGCCCACGACUGCAACGGACAGGUGCUGGCCCUGCCCAGCGAGUUCUUCCUGCGCAUCGACAGCCACAAGGAGGAUCCGGCCGAGUUUGACGACGACGUGGAGGACAGCUGCUGCUCACGGCUGCAGAAGGUGCUGGAGCCGCACAAGCCAGAGUGCUGCCGGAGCCGCGAGCCCUGGGCCCUGUAUCUCUUCUCCCCGCAGAACAGGUUCCGUGUCUCCUGCCAAAAGAUCAUUGCUCACAAGAUGUUCGAUCACGUCGUCCUCGUCUUCAUCUUCCUCAACUGCAUCACCAUUGCCCUGGAGAGGCCCGACAUCGACCCCGGCAGCACCGAGCGCGUUUUCCUCAGCGUCUCCAACUACAUCUUCACAGCUAUCUUCGUGGCGGAGAUGAUGGUGAAGGUGGUGGCCCUGGGCCUCGUCUCGGGUGAGCACGCCUACCUGCAGAGCAGCUGGAACAUACUGGACGGGGUCCUGGUCCUGGUGUCCCUGGUGGACAUCGUCGUGGCCAUGGCCUCGGCUGGCGGCGCCAAGAUCCUGGGCAUCCUGCGUGUGCUGCGCCUGCUGCGGACCCUGCGGCCGCUGAGGGUCAUCAGCCGUGCGCCGGGCCUCAAGCUGGUGGUGGAGACUCUGAUAUCGUCCCUCAGGCCCAUCGGGAACAUCGUCCUCAUCUGCUGUGCCUUCUUCAUCAUCUUCGGCAUCCUCGGGGUGCAGCUCUUCAAGGGGAAGUUUUACUACUGCGAGGGCGCCGACACCAGGAACAUUUCCACUAAGGCCGAGUGCAGGGCCGCACACUACCGUUGGGUGCGACGCAAGUACAACUUCGACAACCUGGGCCAGGCGCUGAUGUCGCUGUUCGUGCUCUCGUCCAAGGACGGCUGGGUGAACAUCAUGUACGACGGGCUGGAUGCCGUGGGCGUGGACCAGCAGCCCGUGCCCAACCACAACCCGUGGAUGCUGCUCUACUUCAUCUCCUUCCUGCUCAUCGUCAGCUUCUUCGUGCUCAACAUGUUCGUGGGCGUCGUGGUGGAGAACUUCCACAAGUGCCGGCAGCACCAGGAGGCCGAGGAGGCGCGGCGGCGCGAGGAGAAGCGGCAGCGUCGCCUGGAGAGGAAGCGCAGGAGCACUUUCCCCAACCCAGAGGCCCAGCGCCGGCCCUACUAUGCGGACUACUCGCCCACCCGCCGCUCCAUCCACACUCUGUGCACCAGCCACUACCUGGACCUCUUCAUCACCUUCAUCAUCGGCGUCAACGUCAUCACCAUGUCCAUGGAGCACUACAACCAGCCCAAGGCUCUGGACGAGGCCCUCAAGUACUGCAAUUACGUGUUCACCAUCGUCUUUGUCGUGGAGGCCGUGCUGAAGUUGGUGGCCUUUGGGUUCCGGAGGUUCUUUAAGGACAGGUGGAACCAGCUAGACCUGGCCAUCGUCCUGCUGUCCAUCAUGGGCAUCACGCUGGAGGAGAUAGAGAUGAACGCGGCACUGCCCAUCAACCCCACCAUCAUCCGAAUCAUGCGUGUCCUCCGCAUCGCCCGCGUCCUGAAGCUGCUCAAGAUGGCCACGGGCAUGCGGGCCCUGCUGGACACGGUGGUCCAGGCACUGCCCCAGGUAGGGAACCUCGGCCUGCUUUUCAUGCUCCUGUUUUUUAUCUAUGCUGCCCUGGGAGUGGAGCUGUUCGGGAGGCUCGAAUGCAGUGAGGACAACCCCUGCGAGGGCCUGAGCAGACACGCCACCUUCUCUAACUUCGGCAUGGCCUUCCUCACGCUGUUCCGCGUGUCCACCGGGGACAACUGGAAUGGGAUCAUGAAGGACACGCUGCGCGAGUGCGCCCGAGAGGACAAGCACUGCCUCACCUACCUGCCGGCCAUCUCGCCCAUCUACUUUGUCACCUUCGUGCUGGUGGCCCAGUUCGUGCUGGUCAACGUGGUGGUGGCCGUGCUCAUGAAGCACCUGGAGGAGAGCAAUAAGGAGGCCCGCGAGGACGCCGAGCUGGACGCGGAGCUCGAGAUGGAGAUGGCGCAGGGGUCCCCUGCCCGGCCCAGGCCCGCGGCCCCGCAGAGCCCCGGCGCCUCGCCAGACUCCCCCAAUGUGCUAGUCGUGCGCAAGGUGUCGGUGUCCAGGAUGCUCUCGCUGCCCAACGACAGCUACAUGUUCCGGCCCGUGGCGCCUGCGGCAGCCGCUCACCCCAGGUGGGGUGGGGCCAGACGCACCGUGGGAGCGGGGCAGAGGGGCCGGGUCAUCACCGCCCACUCGCCGCCUGUGGAGCCCUGCGCCUCCCUCCAGGUCCCUUCGACUGUGUCCUCCCCGGCUAGGGGCGGCGACACCCUCUGUGCCCUGCCCCCGCGGGGGGCAGCCCGCUCGCCUAGUGUCAGCCGGCUGCUCUGCAGACAGGAGGCCGUCCGCACGGAGUCCCUGGAAGGGCAGGUUGAUGGCACUGGGGCCAGCAGCCCAUACUGGGGAGAGCCCGGUGGGAAAACCCCCGUGAGGCAGGCAUCCCUGGGGCCCUCCAUGCGGUCCCCGCCCCGGUCCCCGCGGCCCGCCAGCAUCCGCACCCGCAAGCACACUUCCGGACAGCACUGCCUCUCCAGCCGGCUGCCGGCCCCAGGCGGGGAGGAGACCGAGGCCCCAGACCCAGCCGAUGAGGAGGUCAGCCAUAUCACCAGCUCUGCCCGUAGCCCUUCGGCCUCGCCCACUGCCCGUGGGAUGGUGGGCGGCGAGCCAGAUCUGCACAGGCUCUACAGCGUGGACACCCGGGGCUUCCUGGACCAGCCGGGCCGGGUGGACGAGCAGAGGCGACCCUCGGGGGAGCCGGGCAUCGGAGACAGCCGUCCAGAGGCCGGGGAGGCAAAGCCCCGGGCCCUGGAGGCCGAGCUGGCCUUGGGGGCGCGCAGGAAGAAGAAGAUGAGCCCCCCCUGCAUCUCCAUAGAGCCCCCCGCGGAGGACGAGGGUGCAGCCAGGGCCCCUGCGGCAGAGGGUAGCAGCACCACCCUGCGGCGGCGAACCCCAUCCUGUGAGGCUGUGCCCCACAGAGACCCCCUGGAGCCCGCAGACGGCGCAGGGCUGGACGCUGCUGCCAAGGGGGAGCGGCGGGGCCAGGCCCCCUGCCGCACAGAACACCUGACUGUCCCGAACUUCGCCUUUGAGCCGCUGGACGUGGGGGGCCCCAGUGGGGACCUGUUCACGGAUGGGGGACAUGGGGCUGCCCCAGAACCCAGACCCUCCUCGGGCACCACAGCCCCUCCUGAACUCCAGGAGACGGAGCCCCCAGUGCCCUCAGGAGACCCCCCAGAGGAGGGGUGGGGUCUGCACCUCACCGUCCCUGAGAGCCCUCUGAAGAGAGUGUCCCCCCCGGCUGUGCCAGUCCCGGGUGACAGCGUGGAUGAGCCCGUGUAGCUCGGGUGCAGUGCCCACAGGCUUUGGCACUGGGUUGGGGUGCGCCCAGCAGUGUGGCGGCCAGGACAGGGCUGUGUGUGGAUCCUGGCUCGGGUCCCCCGAGGGCAGAGGAGCCAGAAGGAUGUCAGCACAGGGAGAGGGUAGCCCAUGCCUUCUGGGCACGUGGAGCAGCGGGAGCCCACAGCCCGAGGCCUCCGUCCUGUCGAUUCAGGUUUGGGGUUUCCCAGGGUGCCGAGGUGGUCCCGGGCCGUGUUGGCGGCCUGCUCGGGAGUUCCAGGAACAAGGACCAGAAACUGAACAGGAGGAGGAAGGCAGAGGCCGCCCUGCGGAGCCCGCCCAGCAGAGCCCCAUCUUCACGUCCACUUCUUUUUAUAGGGAACACGCCUGGGGCCGCUCGCGCCCUCUGGUGGCAGCUUCCUGCCAAAGGCCGCCGUGGCCACGCUUUCCGUCACUCACAGUCUCGAGUUCUCAUCCGUGUCUCCACCACUCAUUGCUGUCUCAUCUCCCCUCCACACCCACUCCCCGCUGUUCCAACCCCUCAGGAUUCCAGAGAGCACCUUGACUCUGGUCUCUGGGAAAUGACCGGUCGCCAGGGAGUGGGGACCGUGCAAUAAGACCCCCACUGCCCGUGGGGCCUGGGUCAAGACUUUGAGCUGAUGGCCCCGUCGUUUCACUUUCUUUUAUAAAUUCAGGUUAAACGUUUGCAAUAAUCCGAUGUGGAAAACUCGGCUUCUCAAGUCAAGGGGAGGUGGGGGGGUGCUGCAAAGCAGAGCGGAAUAAAUAUUAACUUAUUUAAGAAACA